AGUUGCUGGCUGCUGUACAGUGCAUUUUGUUCAACUGUCUGGCUAUUCGCUCGGUCGUUGUGGACGUUAAAAUUGUUGUAGUGUUUUUUAAAUGGCCUUCGUUAGAUUUUAAUUGUUUAUUAUAAUAUAGUCCUUAAAUACUUAAUGUUACCAAUUAUGUUGAUGUGUAUAAACGGGUCAGUUGUCUUGGUUUUCGUGCAAUAGUGCAACAGGCGAUCGAAAGUGGUAAGGGAUCCCUGUAAACACAAGGGAACUUCAACGAUAAGAUGCCUACAGAUUCAGAGUGCGAGUGCGACAUGGUGUCGAAGGAAUGGUUGCUGGCUAAGUUACGUUCAGACGAAAGAGACACUGUGUUAAUAGAUUGUCGGGGCUCCAAUGAGUAUACUAUGUCUCAUAUCCGUUCUGCAGUAAAUUUUUCCAUACCAAGUAUAAUGCUGCGACGUUUAGCCGCUGGAAAGAUUGAGCUGGCAUCGACUGUCCAGUGUAAGGAGCUAAAGGCACGGAUAACUCAUUGUCGGACCCGAGGUAUCUUCGUGUUGUACGGUGAUGGGCCUCCUAGAGACCCUGACUCUGUCCACGGGAUCCUGCUGAAGAGACUCAAACAGGACGGCGUCCAGGUCGUCUGUCUCGAAGGUGACUUUGGCGAGUUCCGUCGAUCGUAUCCGGAAUGGUGCAGCGAGGCGGGGGCGCAGCAUGUACCACACCUGCCUCUCAUGGGAUUACGGUCUCUACGCAUAUCAGGGUCAGGGUGCGAGGAGGCGCUAUCGUCAGGCUCGUCGUCGGAGUGCGAGGAGGUGCACGGGCACGUGCCGCAGGAGUUUCCCAUCGAGAUCCUACCCAAUCUGUACCUCGGCAACUCCACCAACAGUGAGGACUGCGACGCGCUCGCCAGACAUAACAUUAAGUACGUGUUAAACGUGACGCCGGACCUUCCCAACACGUUUGAGGCGGAGGGCUGCGGCAUCAACUACCUGAAGAUCCCCAUCGCCGACCACUGGAGCCAGAACCUCGCCGUGCACUUCCCGCAGGCCAUACGGUUUAUCGAGGAGGCUAUGUCGGCGCGGUGCGGCGUGCUGGUGCACUGCGUGGCGGGCGUGUCGCGCUCCGUCACCGUCACGCUCGCCUACCUCAUGCAGCGGCACCGGCUGUGUCUGCGCGACGCCUUCGAGCUCGUGCGCAGCCGCAAGACCGACAUCGCGCCCAACUUCCACUUCAUGCGCCAGCUGCACUCCUUCGAGCAAGACCUCGGCCUGCACGAGCACAGCGCCAGCCUGAGUAAGGUGCUGGAGGAGCUGGGCGUGCGUGAGCUGCAGGCGCCGGACUCGGGCGUGCCGAGCGCGGGCGGCGCGUGCGGCGCGGGCGCGGGGCGGGCGCGCGCGGCGGCAGGGGGCGCGCGCGGCGCCGUGCGGCUGCGCGCCGCCCGCGCCCGCCGGCGUGUCGCCCGACUCGGGCAUCGAGUUCGACCGCUGGAGCGCGGCGCGCGACACGCCGCAAUGACAGUUCUUCACGCCGCCGCACGCGCCGCAGCACCACCACCAGCCGCCGCCCGCCUGAGCGGCCGGACCCCGCCCGCUAACACCACCACAUAGUUAUUUUUCAAUUUACAUUAGCGGCUCCGAAUGUAUACUCUUGUCAGCUAUGUUUAGAAUUUUCGAGUGGCCGCGUCGGAACAAGUACAAAUUACGUAUGUUUUGUGUACUCCCCGGUUGUUGUGUUGCGGCGGGUCGGCGGCGGCGCCGGUGACUCGCCUCGAUGAUGCGCCGGUUCGACGUCCCGAUGUGUGAGUCGUCUGAGAGCACGUUUGGUAAAGAAGUAUAAUAUAGUCGUCAACGCACGCUGCGAACGUCUUUUACACACUUGAAAGUAUAGGAUUUUUAGUGGUGCACUUACAUGUUAUCAAUCAACUGUUUAGUGCCACAAAUUGCAUGAUUAUAUAUAUAUAUUUAUUAGCUGUAAGUAAAAAUUAUUAGAAUGUAUGAUACAUAAUAUUAUUAUGUACUUUACACUUUGUUAAGUCGAAUUUUCUAAGUUUGAUAUGUUUGUGUUGUGUUAGGGCACGGUUACAAGAUUGUAAAUGCAUUCCCGAAUAUAUCUUCCAUUAAGCUAUGCAUUUUGUGUCCAUUAGAAGUUAUUUAAAGACUUAUUGUGGAAAUGUUUUAUUAUUAUUUAGUCUGACGUCACUCAAACGUUUCGCAUGUAUUUGUGUUGCCCGCGAAUGUUUUCCUCCGUGAGGAUCUCGUGUCGCUAGACAACUCUAAUUUUUUUUGUGACCCAGAUAAUUAUUGCGAACACAUCAUUUAAAUGUGCAGUAUUUUUUGCCAGAGUCGGACAUAACGUUGUUAUACGGUACGACAAGUUUUUAACUGAAAUAUAUUUUUUCAUAGAUGAUUCUAUUGAUAUGGGGCUUCGGAUAACUCUUCCAUUGUUGUUGAUAUAUGAUAUUGUAUUUGUAUGAGUGCGCGCGAGUGUGCGUGUGAUAUGUAGUUAAUUUUAAUACAUCACACAUAAAUAUAUUUACAAUUUGUAAUAUAAGAUACACUGACCACUGACACAAUUAUAUUAUUCAUUGUUGAACGAUAUUCACAUUGAUACUUUAUUUUUACAACUAAAACGUAAUGUAUGUAGAAUAAAAAGUUUUUAUACAUUGAGAAAAUGCUGGUUUAUUUUUUUAUUGAACUUGGUGAUUUGUCACACAUUAGAAACAGCCGCGCGAGUGUGCGUGCGUGAUGUAGUGGUCAGUAUCUAUUUGUACGUGAUUUAUUAAUAGGAAGUAGGUUCUACUGCAAAGGUUCGUUUAAAGGAGUUUUGAUGCGACUAUUUUUGUAUGAACUAUAGUACAUUGUAACUAGAUACAUAGAACUGGGACAUGUGGAGUACUAUGUACUGUGCGUUGCAUUGUUUAUCACAAACCCCGGCUCGCAGACGAGCCAAGCCAAGUCGUUACGAGAUAUGUUAUGUACUGUAAAUUUCCAUUGGCAUUUAUUUACCAGCUAAAUGUUUAUUUACUAAGUGAACUCACUAUGUUUUCUGUAUAGUUUAAUGACAAUGAAUUUUAACAAUUUUAGUACAUGCCGUCUCACUGAACAAACAUCACCUAUAUUAUGUUCCCGUGAUGUAUGACCGUGAGUUGUAAUUAGUAUUGUAUGUAAAAUAAUUUAAUAAGUAUAAUAUGCCAACUGACUUGUCGCCAGUGAUAUCGCUAAGUCCCAGUCCCCACUAAUGUUUUAUAGGAACUGUUGUACUGUUCAGUGAGCCGGUACAAAUGAGUAGCAAGCUUUAAAAUUAAGUACGUUAAUUAUGAAUAACGAGUAGUGAAUUGUUACAAAUAUAAAUUUGUUAUAGAAUAAGAUUAAUUGACAUUCACCUUCCUCGAAUUGAAUACGACUCAUUUUACAUGAACAAAAUUGUUUUGUCGAUUAGUUAUUAUUUGUGUUGUUGCGAUCAUCAGUACAGAUGUGUGUACUUCGACUUCCGCAUUAGUAGUUGGUACGAAAGCGGCGAAAAAUAUUCACACAUGUUAAUUUAACGCAAAGGUGUAUAUCCAAAUUAACUAUAGUAGAAUAGGUAUUUAGUACAUUUGUAUGCACUUUGUAUGUCGUUGCCAUGUAUUUUUUAUUAUUGUUGUGUCAAAAUAUAAUUAAUUCCGCAUGAGUCACAAAUAAAUUGAGGAACUCAAUGCAGUAACAUUCGACUAUAGUUAAAUUUGGUACAAAUCGCUUCGGCGACUUGCAUUUAGAAUUUAAGUUGCACUGCUGACAGCAGUUCUGUAUUCCAAUGAAUGUUUCUAUGUAGUGCACAAAAUAGCCAGGUGUUGUCGAUUCCGAGUAGCCUGUCGCUUACACCGAACUGUGGUUUCCACACCAUAAAUUGUAUAUAAUAUUAUGUAAUGGUUCUGUUGUAACACAAAAAAGCAUGUUAAUUGACGAAGUUAAUAAGUUUUAGAUAUGUUUUUAGUGCUUUUUCCUAAAGGUACCUAAAGCCAACAUGGCGCACGUAAUAUUAACCUCGAAACAAAUAUAAACACUGUUAAUUGAA